AUGCCCGAAAAGCCGCUGACCGUGGCGACCUACGCUGCCGGAGCCUCCCUCGCUGCUAUCACGCUCGUCUACGUCUUUGGACCCACCUUCUUUCUCGACGACGAAGCGUCGAGCGCGCGCAAGAAGGGCAUUGUGGGCCUGAGCAAUACCGCCAACGACUGCUUUAUCAACUCGAUCCUCCAAGCCCUCGCCGGCCUCCCCGAUUUGCGCAUAUACCUCAUUCGCGAGUUGCACCGGCGGAAGCUUGACGGCCCAGAACUCUACCAUGUCGACCCGGAGAAACUAGCUCUCGAGAGGAGAGCCACAAAGCCAUGGAAGCUGGAGGGAUUGCAAAAGGGCUUGGUAACGCAUGCCCUGAAGGAGGUUCUGGACAGCCUCAACGAGCGCCCCAUCUACAAGAAGACGAUAUCCCCACAGCCCUUCAUCCGGGCGCUGGAGCACGCUUUUGGCACGCGCAUAAGCAGACAGCAGCAGGACGCCCAGGAGUUCCUUCAGAUCGUGACGGAGCGCCUUUGCGACGAGUACCAUGCCGGGACAAAGGCGCGACGGAAAGCACAGACGACCGACUUAUCCAACGACAAUGAUACUGCGUCGGAGAGGCUGGAGAUUGCCGAUCAGUUUGAUAUUGCUCCGCCCAAAGAUGAUGCCGCUGCAGAGCAGGACACGGACAAUGACGACUCGUCAACUGCUGAAGAGGGUUUCCCUUUCGAAGGUAAAAUUGAAUCGCAGAUCGAAUGUCUAACCUGCGGUUUCAAACCCAAGCCAUCAUCGUCCGCUUUCGUCACGUUAACACUUAGCGUACCCCAGACAUCUUCGACAUCACUAAAUAAAUGUCUCGACGGCGUUUUCAAGGUAGAGCACAUCGACGAUUUCAAAUGCGAGUAUUGCCGCUUAGAUCACGCGAUCCAAAGUAAAACCAAGGAGUUAGCACGGGCGUCUGCCCCUGAGAUCCAGCGCGCUUUGCAAUCGGACAUUGACAAACUAAAAGAAGCGCUGGAGAGCGAUCCCGAAAAGCCGCCAGAGGGCGUGGAGCUGCCGGACUCGAGCCUGGCUCCUAAACGUCGAAUUGCUCGCCACAUGUACAUCUCAUCGUUCCCUAAAGUUCUCGCUCUGCAUCUUUCACGUUCUGUCUUCGCGAUCGGCACCGUUUCUACAAAAAAUCUUGCAAAAGUAAACUUUCCCGAAUCUCUACCACUAGGAGGCAUUCUCAAUCGCAAGAACUAUCGCCUGCUAGGGAUGGUUAGCCACAAAGGCACACAUAAUAGCGGGCACUAUGAGUCGUUCCGCCGCCAAGUCCAGCCUAUACCGUUUUCUACUCCGCAUUCGUUCGGUACCGAAGGAGUGUAUAGC